AUGGUUUUAGCUGAAUCCUAUAGCCUGAAUGAACACCAUGGUGCCGUCCUCCCCAGCCCUGGAAUGGGGCACAUCAUACCACUCCUUGAGUUCGCAAAGCGCCUCGUUGUCCACCACGGCUUCCGCGUCAGCUUCGUUAACAUCACCACCGAAGCUUCCACUGCUCAGACCGACCUUCUCCACUCUACCUCCCUCCCUUCCGGUCUCCACGUCGUCGACCUCCCUCCUACCGACGUGUCCUCCCUAGUCAACGACGAAAUGCUUAUCGUGCACCGUAUCGGCGUAAUCGUAGAGGAAAGCCUCAAGUGCUUGGAUACAGUCCUGAUCCAGCUGGGAAAGCCUAAAGCCCUCAUCAUUGACGUAUUUUGCACACAAGGUUUCGACGUUGGCAAACAACUCUCUAUUCCAGUCUACUCUUUCUUCACUCCCUCAGCUGCUUUUUGUGCUUUUACACUCUACCACCCAACCAUGGACCGUGAAGUGGAGGGUGAGUUCAUCGAUCUACCUGAACCGGUUAAAGUUCCUGGUUGCUCCCCGGUCCGAACUGAAGACCUGCUCGACCAGAUUCGAAACCGGAAGAAUGACGAGUACAGAUACUACUUUGGUCACGUUCGUCGGUUGUGUGAGGCGUCCGGUAUUUUCUUGAACACAUGGGAAGACCUCGAACCCGUACCCUUGAAAGCCAUCAGAGAAAACCCUUUCUAUCAGAAAAUACUCACUCCUCCCGUUUACCCGAUCAGACCGCUGAUAAAAGAGCACGAGGAAGUGACCAAAGUUGACGCUAAAUACCUGGCCUGGCUAGACCAACAGCCUGAAGACUCCGUUUUAUUCAUUGUGCCAGGCAGCGGCGGGACUAUGACCGCCGCGCAAGUCAUCGAGUUCGCUUGGGGGCUGGAGCUAAGUCAGCAGCGGUUCAUAUGGGUGGUUCGUAAGCCGAGCGACGCGAGUGCGUCAGCAACGUUUUUCAACGUGGGAGGGGAUGUGAACGACCCCAAGGCCUAUUUGCCGGAGAAUUUCGUAGAAAGGACACGUGGAAGAGGGGUAGUUGUGCGUUCGUGGGCCAGUCAAGUAGCUUUUCUCCGGCACAGGGUCACCGGAGGGUUCUUGUCUCACUGCGGGUGGAACUCGUCGUUGGAGAGCAUGACGUAUGGGGUUCCGAUCAUUGCGUGGCCUUUAUACGCUGAGCAAAGGGCCAAUGCGACUAUGCUUGCUGAGGAGAUUGGAGUGGCAGUGAAGCCGGUUAGGGGUGACGGUGAUACUGUUUUUGGGAGGGAGGAGAUUGAGAGGGUGGUGAGGUUGCUGAUGGAAGGUGAAGAAGGGAAGGUGAUAAGAAGCAAAGCAAAGAAGCUACAAGAGAGUGCGGCGAAAGCGCUGGAUAGUGGUGGUUGUUCUUACGAGUCCCUUUCGAGAGUGGUCAAACGGUGGAAGGAUCUCUCUGCGCCUAUUUGA